AUGGACAACAUCGAGACCGAGUCACGCUCCGCCCUCGCCACAGGGAGUAUCGGUGCCCGCUUCAUCUCCCAGAAUGCCGUCGACGAGGCCAAGGAGCGACGAGAGGAGGAGUGGAAGGAGGCGUACGAGCGUAUUGGACAGGAGCCACCACCCCUGAUGAAGGAGGAGGAGCACGACGGACGGACGCUGUUCGAGCGCCUCGAGGAGCAGAAGCAACUGAAGCAGGACUGGUGGGACGACCGCAUGAAAAUGAAGAACCAGUACCGCGGGCUGGUGGGGGAGGAGUUUGAGUUCCUGGCAGAAAAGGACCGCGAGAAACGCGACGCCGAGCGUAAGGUCGAGGAGGAGGUCAAUGUCGAGUUACAGGGAUAUCGGGAAGCUCGUACGAAGCGCGCCGCCGACGCCGUGGCCGCUUCUGAACCCCAACCGGCCUCUUCAGCACCCAAGCCGCCGCUUAAGAAGACAGUCCCUGCGAAACCGGCCAAGAAGGAUAUGCGGUCGUUGAUGAAGGGCGUCGUGGUCAAGAAGAAGGCUGCCAAGCCCGCCGACAAGGCCGCUGACAAGACGGCUGACAAAGACAAGAAGCGGCCAGCCGAGGAUGACGCGCGCGAGGCUAAGCGCCGUGCAUGA